AUGGCUGCUACUAACACAGCUAAUGUAUGGAGACAGGAGGAGAAUCCUUCUAGUCCGUACUAUGUUCAUCCAAGCGAGAACACAUCAAUCUCCUUGGUUUCACCUAUUCUUGAUGGAACAAACUAUCACUCUUGGUCAAGAGGCAUGAAAAUGGCAUUGAUUGCGAAGAAUAAAAAAUGUUUCAUUGAUGGAACAGUACCUGUACCCGGCAGAGACAACUCUAUGGUUAAUGUUUGGGAGAGAUGCAACAAUCUGGUAUUAUCAUGGAUUUACAACUCAGUGAGUCCAGCAAUUCAUAAAAGUAUUGAAUGGAUUGACAGUGCCUUGGAAGCAUGGCUUGAUCUACAGUCUCGUUUUUCCCAAGGUGAUGCUUAUAGAAUUUCUGAUAUUCAGGAAGAAUUAUAUGCUUUUAAACAGAACACAUUAUCUGUUGUUGAAUAUUAUACUCACCUUAAGGAACUGUGGAAUGAAUUAUCCAAUUUGAGACCUGCUCCUCACUGUAAAUGCAAUCCACAGUGUCAAUGUGGUGCAUUAGUGACUAUUAAGGAAUACAUAGAAAGUGAUUAUGUCAUCAGAUUUUUGAAAGGAUUAAAUGAGAACUUUGUUACAAUCAAGUCUCAAAUCCUGCUGAUGGAACCUUUGCCUAAGAUUAACAGAGUUUUUUCAAUGGCAAUACAACAUGAAAGACAGUUUGGUAUUCCUGUUGCUACUAUGAUUGAACCAAAUGUAUUCUAUGCCAAAACACAAAUGGGGAAUGGAUUGUUGCCAAAACCUCAGUUUGGUGCAGGACAUAGCAAUACUGGACAGAAGAAAUUCUACAAUCAAGGACCUCAGGGUCUCAAAUGUACUUACUGUGGUAUGACAAACCAUACUGUGGAUAAUUGCUAUAAAAAGCAUGGAUAUCCACCAGACUUUAAGUCUAAAGGAAAACAAACUCAGAGCUAUGCAAAUCAAGUGGAGUCAGAUAACACUAUGAUGAGCACAAUAGCACAAAAUGUUGAGAAUCUGAGAAUUGCAGACAAUGAGCAAGGACAAGGGCAGGAUAAUAUGAUUCAUAUGACCUCAGAGGAAUAUGCAGCAUUAAUGCAGCAGGUGAACUCUUCUGUGAAAGCCAACAGUCAGCCUCAUGUCAACACCAUUUCUACUUCUUUCAAUCCAGUUCAAAAUGAGCAAGGUAAAAUUUCUUACUCAUGUUCAGUAUAUUCUCAUUUGCAUAAAGACACUUGGAUUGUGGACUCUGGAGCCACUGAUCAUAUAAUUUGUUCUUUAAAAAGUUUUUUGAACUAUAAAAAGGUUUUCAAUGUUUUUGUGCAUUUGCCAAAUGGUCAAAAAAUCCCAGUUGAACACAUUGGAACAGUACAACUCUCUUCUUCUUUUAUUCUUACCGACGCCUUACACAUACCUCAAUUUUCAUUCAACCUCAUUUCCACAAGCCAGUUAACAAAUUCUCAGAGAUAUUAUGUUCUCUUACAUUAUAAUUAUUGCUUUAUCCAGGAUCUCCAUACCUCGAAGAUGAUUGGUUUAGCUAAGAAAAUACAGGGACUAUAUCACUUAGUCAAGCCUUUCAUUGCAACCACAAAAAUGGCUGCAUCUACCUUCAAAACCCCUAUUGAUUCUUCUCAGCUGUGGCACUUCAGACUUGGACAUCCAUCUACUCCAAGACUCAAGUUGCUACAAGCUUCUAAUCCAAACAUUACUUUACCUGUUAAUAAUCAUUGUGACAUAUGUCAUUUAGCUAAGCAAAGAAAGUUGCCUUUUCCAACUAGUGACACAAUUGUCAAAAACAUUUUUGAUGUAAUAAGUGUAGAUAUAUGGGGACCAUUUAGAACUGUUUCUCAUAAUGGUCAUAGAUACUUUCUUUCUAUUGUAGAUAGUAAAAGCAGAUUUACCAGGAUAUCUUAA